AGAAUCCUCGGAAGCAUGAGGACCAGCCAGCCUGAUGUAUACAGUGAUUGCCCUACAAACCCUGACAAGCCGUGGUUCCCACUGGAAACAGGAAGGAUUAUCAAUAAUCUUGCCAAGGCCCUUCCGGUACCUCCUGAAGACCUGGAAGAGAAAAAUGCAAAAACUGUUGAGAAUUACCUACGAAAAUUCUACCACUUACCAAGCACUCAGUUCCGGUCUGCAAGGAGGAACAGCACCAUGGUUGCAGAGAAGCUGAGAGAAAUGCAGCGCUUCUUCGGCUUGGCAGAGACGGGCAAGGCAGAUGCCGCUACUCUGGAGAUGAUGGGAAAGCCUCGCUGUGGAGUGCCUGACACUGGUGACUUCAUGCUAACUCCGGGAAGCCCCAAGUGGACACACACUAACCUGACCUACAGGAUUAUAAACUAUACCCCACAGCUGUCCAAGACCACAGUGGAAACAGCAAUUGAGAAAGCCUUUCGAGUUUGGAGUGUGCCAUCACCCCUGACCUUCACUGAGAUCUCACAGGGAGAAGCAGACAUCAGCAUUGCUUUUGUCCCAAGAGAGCAUGGUGACAAUUCUCCAUUUGAUGGACCCAAUGGGAUCCUGGCCCAUGCCUUUCAGCCAGGUCAGGGUAUUGGAGGAGAUGCACAUUUUGAUUCAGAAGAAACAUGGACUCAAGAUUCCAGAAAUUACAACCUGUUUCUCGUGGCUGCUCAUGAAUUUGGCCAUUCCUUAGGACUCUCUCACUCCAGUGAUCCUGGUGCCUUAAUGUACCCAAACUAUGCUUACAGUGACCCCAGCACCUACUCACUGCCUCAAGAUGAUAUCAAUGGCAUUCAGACACUCUACGGACCUUCAAACAGCCCUAUCCAACCUACUGGGCCCAGCACCCCCACAGCCUGUGACCCCCACCUGAGAUUUGACGCUGUCACCACACUCCGUGGGGAGAUUUACUUCUUUAAAGACAAGUACUUCUGGAGGCGGCAUCCUCAGCUGAGAGAAGUUGACCUCAAUUUCAUCUCUCUUUUCUGGCCAUUCCUGCCCAAUGGCCUUCAGGCUGCUUAUGAGGAUUUUGAUAAAGACCUAGUUUUCCUAUUUAAAGGCAGGCAGUACUGGGCUCUAAGUGGCUACGACAUUCAGCAAGGUUACCCCAGGGACAUAGCCAACUACGGAUUUCCAAGCAGCGUCCGAGCCAUUGAUGCCGCUGUCUCCUACAGAGGGAAGACGUAUUUCUUCAUAAACAACCAAUGCUGGAGAUAUGACAAUAACAGAGGAACUAUGGACCCAGGCUACCCCAGAAGCAUAUCAAGGGCUUUCCCAGGAAUAAACUGCAGAGUUGAUGCAGUUUUCCUACAGGACUCCUUCCUCCUCUUCUUCAGUGGACCACAGUAUUUUGCAUUUAAUCUUGUCACUCACAGCGUCACUAGAGCUGCAAGAAGCAAUUUAUGGCUUAACUGUCCAUACAGUUGAGACAAAGUCAAAUGUCCUUGCAUUGGAUCUACGGAUACAAAAGGGCAGCUCAGCCUGCGUAUUCAUCCUGUGUCCUGCUCACUUCCCUCAACUGCGACCGACGCUGCAGCCGUCCUGAAAGAAUAGGAGUUUGUAAUCUCCCGUUCUCCACAGAGGCGGAUUCCUUCUGCACAUCCCAGGCCUGGCUAGUUAACACACAACAAAGAGACAGCAAACCACUCAUCAGCUUAAUCCACACUCUUUCAUUAUCUGCCCUUCUGCCUCCUAAACCUUGUGCUUUACUACUUGGAUAUCUGACUCCCAGUAUCCCUAAAGCUCUUCAAAAGUAGAAUCUACUAAUGGAUUUUGAUUUACACAUAGGAUUAUAAACAGCAUAGAGAUUACCCCUGGUCUUUACAGAAAACAUGCUGUUAUUUCCUUCUCUGAGAGAAUAUGUUUUGUGGUUUGAAUCAUGCCCUUCAUCAUGCUAAGAAAGAAAAAAAUACAUUGAAAUCUUAACCCCAGAUGCUUAUCUGGAACUGGAGUCUUUGCAGGUAGAAUUAAUUGUGUGUAAGGGACAAGAUGGCUUUACAGAGGAUUAGGGUGAGCCCUAAACUCAUGUGUGUCCUUAUAGAAAGGGGGCAGGGAUGCACAUAUAAUGCAGAGGUAAAGCAUUUACCUAACAUGUUUGAUUCUGAGGGGGUUGGGGCAGAAUCACCAGAGGCAAAGUCAAACAUUGGAAGAGACCAAGCAAAGAGAACCAGAGACUGGAGGAUGCAUCUGUAAGGCUGCUUGCCAAUACUUCCCCAGCCAGUGGCAGGUAGGAAGAGGCCUGGAAAGGACCAUUCUCUUCAGCAAGCAGAUCUUGGUACCAAGACACUUGCUGACUUGAGGUUUCUGGCUUUUGUGAAAAAAUAAACUUGUUUUUCUACUCUGCA